UGAAACUGUUUUAGAAAAUUUUUAAAAGCCUUACAUGCAGGUUUGGUGUAAAUGUGAGAAUUGCUUCUUCAAUUCUCCCCCAUUUUAGGCAUUUGAUAUAAUUUUGUUCAUCUUGCUCCUGGAUUAUUAAGGUAUGGUUUUUUUUUUUUAAUUUUUUAUAUAUUCCAUUUGAGAUUCAAGUAAUAAAAAUCCAACCUUGAUAAGUGUACAUCCCAUUACUCAAUAAUUAUGCAUGUACGGUUCCAAUUCACUGAUUGUAAAGUUUAAUCUCCAUUUUGACUUAAAGUUUUUACAAAAUUUCUGGUUCACAAACAUCCUUGGUUGAAUUAGUUGUCUUCAAGUUCAUCUUCAACUUGUGUACUCAAAUUUUCUUCAAAAUUUGAUUCAACUGGAACCCAAUAGCCCCAGUCCACUUGAUAACUUCAUCUUCAUAUGGAAACUCCAUACCCAAAACCCAUUUCUCCCAGCAAGACCCGCAUCGGCUGGAUCGGCAUCGGCGUAAUGGGCGCAGCCAUGGCCUCUCGCCUUCUGUCUGCCGGUUAUUCCCUCAUCGUCUACGCUCGAAACCCCUCAAAAGCUUUUUCACUCCAAUCCAAAGGCGCCACUCUCGCGAACUCCCCCCACGAGGUGGCUCGAUCAAGCGACGUCGUCUUCACUAUGGUGGGAAACCCGCAAGAUGUUCGAUCAGUUGUCUUAGAGAACAACGGUAUUCUUUCCGGGCUAAAUCCUGGUGCUGUACUCGUUGAUACUACUAGUAGCCAUCCAGCUCUUGCGCGAGAAAUUUUCAAAGCCGCACGUGAAAAAGAUUGUUGGGCUGUGGAUGCCCCGGUUUCAGGGGGUGACAUCGGUGCAAGAGAUGGAAAAUUAGCCAUUUUUGCGGCAGGUGAUAAUGGAGUUGUGGAGUGGUUAUCGCCAUUGUUUAAUGUGAUGGGGAAGCAUACGUAUAUGGGCCAGCCAGGUUGUGGACAAAGUUGCAAAAUUGCUAAUCAAAUUGUGGUAGGAGCGAAUUUGAUGGGGCUGAGUGAAGGGCUGGUGUUUGCGGAGAAGGCAGGAUUGGAUGUUAGGAAGUGGAAAGAUUCAGUGAGGGGAGGUGCGGCAGGGUCAAUGGUGAUGGAGUUAUAUGGGGAGAGAAUGAUAGAGAAAGACUUCAGGCCAGGUGGGUUUGCGGAGUAUAUGGUGAAGGACAUGGGUAUGGGUGUGGAUGUUGUGGAGGAGAGUGAGGAUAAGAGAGUUGUGGUGUUGCCUGGUGCCGCAUUGGGCAAGCAGAUGUUUUCGGCAAUGGUGGCAAAUGGAGACGGGAAGUUUGGCACUCAAGGGCUUAUUUCUGUUAUAGAAAGGAUCAAUGGCAAUUAAGUGCACUUCUUGAAUUGUGUUAGUAGUGUUUGUUUUGGAGUUGGGUUGUGUAUAAUGAUCUUGAAGUUUGGGGUGCUUGAUGUUACAGAGUGUUUGUUUUGGUUGUUUAGUUAUGAUUGGGUUUCAGAUGCUUGAGAGAAAUUUUGUGUUGGUUUGUUUAUAUCAAUUGGUUGUCCUGUUUGGAGAUAGUUUUUCAUUAUGCCUUGGGCUGAUGACAGCCAGAAGAUCUUAAAUGUAAGUAUUUUUACUUGUAAUAUCUAAUGGUUUCUGAAUCUCGGUAAAGCAUGAAUAUUGAGUCA